UCCUCUUCAAGCAUUUUUGCAAAUCGCUUAAUUUCCUUGUUUCACUUUUUGCAAAACGUGACGUUUUCGCCCAGCAACCCUACGGAAACACAGAACAGUAGUUUCUUCCGGGAUGUCGUUUGUCAUUCUGCUUAUGGUUAUCGGCUUUGUCCGCGGCCUCCCCAAUCCUGGAUGCCACUAUCAUGAGCAGUCGUAUCCAUAUCACCAACUGGUGUGUACUAAGAACAGUUUAAUAUUCCCUCUUACAUUUAUGGUUGAUUCCAUUCCGCAACAAGUCCGGAAUAUCUAUCUCAGUUGUCACGCUUCCAAAUCCCAGCGACCGUUUGAUUACUGUAACGUAGUAAACGAUGACAUGUCACCCUUGCCAUUCCGGAGACACUUACAAAAUGUCUGAUUGCAAAGAUUCACCGCAGCGAACGGUGGAAAAAUUCCCAUUGACAAACUCUUGUUUAAUAACAGACAUAUCAUUACAAAGCUUCGGAUUCAUUACUCGAGAAUCGGUUCUAUUGAUCGCGGUUAUUUUGCCGGUUUUGGAAAGCUGCAGCUGCUCGAGCUCCAGCAUAACGAUAUUACCGGUAUCAGUAUUGAUGCUUUUGACAGUUUAGCCGGAGAAAGGUCUAUGAAACCGUCGCUGGCGGAUCUGUAUUUGGAUGAUAACGCAUUGGAAACGUUCGAUUGGGGAGCGCUGUAUCCAUUAAGACACACGUUGACACAACUUCAUCUGGAUGACCAGAAACCGAAAAUGCAUUCCUUAACACUUAGUGGCAGGGCCUUUAAUACAUCGAUUCAGCACUUGUAUAUUCAAGACAAUUCGCUGAAGUCUGUUCCCAUUGGUGUACUGGACAGCAUUGGCUGGAACUCCUUUAUUCCGGCUUCACUAAAUAUCGCACGCAAUGCUUUCUGUGAAGGAUUUACUGAUUGUAGCUGCUGUGAAAUGGCGUAUUUAGUAUCUUGGGCUAAAAAAAUUACUUUGAUGGAAAGGCCUUCCGGCGUCUACACCUCCGUCACGCUGUCCUGUGGAUCACAGUCAGACCUCAUAUCCAUAAAUCGCGAAAAAUUUCACAUAGUGCCAGACUGGUUUGACCACUGUGACACAGCAAUCACCACUGUCAUAACAUCCAGUACAGGCAUCCCGAAAUCGGCAACCCGCAUAUCCACAUAUGCAGGCGCCAGCAACCACAAUUCCAGCGCACUUUGCCGCGAAACUAAACCAAUUGAAAUAAACUGUUCAUCUGGUCGUUUGACGAUACCCGAACCAGAUCUGUCACGUGCUGAAGGCACCGUUAUCACCUUCCGCAUCGAUCGCUCAUUUGGAUGCAUAAGUAAACUGUACAACCUCCACACCAUGGCGCUAGAACUGUUCAAUGUCUCGGAGCAAACCGGUAUCCAGCAACAUCCGCACGAAGAGAUUAACGUAGAUUGUAUCAGUGGACUGCCCACUAUCAGCUCAACCGACCCCGAAAAUUCGCACGCCCGCCAGCUCACUUUUCGCUCCGAUUUUACCAGCGAAUGCUUUCCGAAAUUUACCGAAUUUCUCAACCACAUCCAUAUCAACAUCGUAACAGAUGACAACAUGUAUUCUGUGGCGACAGGAAACGCUGAGCACGAGCUCUUGGACCCAAUGUGGAGAACCUGUGGAAACAUCGUGACCGCAAACUGCACCGAGGGAACGUUUGUGUUCUCCCACAUCCAGUAUAUCGCCCUACUAGCGGAUGGCGUGGUUAUCCGCAUCGACCAGUCGUUCGACUGUCGGAGCACUCUGGUGGCUAUUCAUGAGCACAUUCUGGCCCAGGAGAUGACCGUUGUGCAACCACGACCCCCUGAGCCAUUGCCCAAGUCGAUUGCGGUUGUGUGCAGUAAAGGUCACGUGUUGGUAUCCGAAGGUCAUCCGCGACGGUCGAAGAAGACGAUCAUAGAAUACUCAGCCAAGCCAAGCAAGUUCUGCCGCGCUACAUUCCAAAAGUUUAUGGAGUACUUGUUUGGAUUAUAACCGAUUUACAAAGCAUGCAUGCCGUUGCCGUCAACAU